AUGCCCCGGCUGAUGUUGGGCCGGACUCUGGAGCGCAUCUGUAAAGGCGUCCUGCUGCUCUGCCUGCUCCACUUCCUCAUCAUGAUGAUCCUGUACUUCGACGUCUACACGCAGCGCUUCGACAUCUUCAGCCGCUUCAACAAUGGACGCAACGGAUCCAGGAAUAACAUCAGCGGAGCAGCAGGGAGCGGACAUCAUUAUUACUAUUUCAACCUCUCCAGGCCGAAUGCAACGUUAGCCAGCUACCUGGCCACGGGCGAGCAGCUGAUGCCGAGCGCGCAGCCGGAGCUCAAUCAGACGCCUUCGCCCAAGCCGCUGCCGCCGUGCCCCGAGAACCCCCCCGGCCUCGUGGGCCGCCUGCUGAUCGAGUUCAGCUCCCAGAUGACGAUGGAGCGAGUGCAGAAAGAAAACCCCAACGUGACGGAGGGAGGCCGCUACACCCCUCCCGACUGUCGGCCUAGAUGGAAGGUGGCCAUCAUCAUCCCGUUCCGUCACAGAGAAAACCACCUGAAGUACUGGCUCCACUAUCUCCACCCCAUCCUCAGACGGCAGAAGAUCGACUACGGCAUCUACAUCAUCAACCAGUUGGGUGAGGAAACUUUCAACCGUGCCAAGCUGUUGAACGUGGGCUACACGGAGACCCUGAAGGAGGCCGAGUACGACUGCUUCAUCUUCAGCGACGUGGACCUGAUCCCGAUGGACGACCGCAACCUCUACCACUGCUACGACCAGCCGAGGCACUUUGCCAUCGCCAUGGACAAGUUUGGCUUCAGGCUGCCGUACGCAGGCUACUUUGGAGGAGUUUCCGGCCUCAGUAAAAAACAGUUCCUGAAGAUCAACGGCUUCCCCAACGAGUACUGGGGCUGGGGAGGGGAGGACGACGACAUUUACAACAGGAUCACUCUGAACGGGAUGAAGGUGUCCAGGCCAGACGUUCGCAUCGGCCGCUACAGAAUGAUUAAACACGAGAGAGACAAACACAACGAGCCCAACCCACAGAGAUUCAAUAAAAUCCAGAACACAAAGAACACGAUGAAGAAGGAUGGCAUCAGCUCGCUGACCUACAGAGUGGUACAGGUCAGGAAGUUUCCCCUCUACACAGACAUCUCCGUGGAGAUCGGCAAGGCACCACCUCGGCCUAUCAAGGGCUAG